GCUGCUUCUCCCCUUCAUGACCUGACGAAAGAAACCGCCAACUUUCUCUUCCUCCUCUCUUCCGCUCCUCACAGUUUCCCAUAAACCGAAAACAAAACUUUAACAAAACCGGUUACAGUGAGAGAGAAUUGGCUUCGCUGUCUGCCUAAGACAGAGGAAGAGAAAUGGCAAUUCAUGAACCGCAGCGUCAACAUCGAGCAUCUAGAGCUAGACCGGGCGCCAGGCCGGUAUCGCAGCAGCAACAGCCGGUACGGGGCAGGGUUCCGUUGAAGCAGCUGUUACGGGUGGCGUCGAUAGCGUGCGGGAUACAAUUCGGAUGGGCUUUGCAGCUCUCUCUGCUGACUCCGUACGUGCAGGAGCUGGGAAUCCCUCACGCAUGGGCCAGCGUUAUAUGGCUCUGCGGGCCGCUAUCUGGCCUGGUGGUGCAGCCACUAGUCGGCCACAUGAGCGAUCGCUGCACCAGCCGGUUUGGCCGUCGUAGGCCUUUCAUCGUCGCCGGUGCGGUAUCGAUCUCUGUAGCGGUCUUGAUCAUCGGCCAUUCCGCUGAUAUCGGAUGGUUGCUUGGGGAUAGAGGAAACUUGAAACCUAGGGCGAUUGCGGUCUUUGUGUUCGGGUUUUGGAUUCUAGACGUGGCUAACAACAUGACUCAGGGUCCCUGUAGAGCUCUUCUUGCUGAUCUUACUGGAAAGGAUCACAGAAGGACUCGAGUGGCAAAUGCUUACUUCUCCCUAUUCAUGGCUGUUGGCAAUGUUCUUGGCUAUGCCACUGGAUCAUAUAGUGGUUGGUUUAAAAUCUUUCGAUUUACAGUGACUGCUGCCUGCAAUCCUGAAUGUGCCAAUCUCAAGUCUGCUUUCUAUCUAGAUAUUAUUUUUGUUGUGAUCACUACAUAUAUAAGUAUCUCCGCUGCUCAUGAAGUGCCUUUAGGCUCAUCAACCCCCUUUGCUGAAGAGGGACCUGGAGAGUCAAGCAGUGCUGAGGAAGCUUUCCUCUGGGAAUUAUUUGGUACUUUUAAAUUCUCAGGGACAAUAUGGAUAAUCUUGUUGGUUACAGCUUUGACUUGGAUUGGAUGGUUUCCAUUUAUUCUUUUUGAUACUGAUUGGAUGGGUCGAGAGAUAUAUGGUGGUGAGCCAAAUCAAGGUCAAAAUUAUAACAAUGGUGUCAGAAUGGGUGCUCUUGGCAUCAUGUUGAAUUCUGUUGUUCUUGGAAUAACUUCUGUGCUAAUGGAGAAACUUUGUAGGAAGUUGGGGAGCUGUUUUGUUAUGGGAAUUUCAAACAUCGUAAUGGCUCUUUGCUUUCUUUUAAUGCUCAUAAUUACUUUUGUGCAAAAUUAUGAGUUACAUGGCAGAGAUCCACCUCCAGAGAGCAUUGUAAUUACUGCACUUCUCAUCUUUGCAGUUCUUGGUGUUCCUUUGGCGAUCACUUACAGUGUUCCAUAUGCCUUGAUUUCCACACGGAUUGAGUCUCUGGGCCUUGGCCAAGGUUUAUCUAUGGGUGUUCUUAAUCUGGCCAUCGUGAUCCCACAGGUGGUGGUCUCUUUGGGAAGCGGACCAUGGGAUCAACUGUUUGGUGGUGGAAAUUCGCCGGCCUUUGGUGUAGGAGCAAUUGCAGCCUUAGUGAGUGGAAUAAUAGCAAUCUUAGCUAUUCCUCGAACAAGUGCUCAAAAACCCAGGCCCCUACCAUGAGACACUUCAAUGCUAAAGAGUUUCCUUCCUUUCAUUGUAACCCUGGGGUGAUGAAUGUGAUAUGUGAAGAUGAUGGAUGCUUACCUACCUAUUCAUUUUCUCAUAUACAUAGCUGAUGAGGUUAGCUAUCUAGAAAUUCAAGUGGGGAAUUUCCUAAAAGACAAUUAGCACAGUGCUGGAAAUGUUACUUUGGGGCUUACUGCUACAGAAAUGCAAAUGAAGUCUCAAGUGUAGAUUCCUGUUUUACUUAAAAGGCUGCUUCCUUACUGAUCAAGAUAAGUUGCUGUUGAAUGGGAUUUAUUCCCUCCUUAGGAGACAUCGUUAUUUUUAAAAGGCCAAAAGGUGAUCGUCCCUUGCAGGUCCAAUCACGAGGUAUCGGAAUCUCAUGCAUUACACUGAAUUUGUUGUAUGAAUGUGAUUAAUUGUGCUUUGUGGAGAACAGUUAUUAUGUGAGUUGUGCUGAUUAAAACAUUGACGAAGACAUGUUUUGUGCUCUGUUUUUUCGCCAAAGAUGUGUGAUUUUUAUGGAAGGUCCUUCAUGUUAGUAUUCAUUUUCUAAUUUCUUUUCUUCUUCCGGAGGGAAAAAAAAAAAGAAAACGGAUAUCGUUUUGUACCUGCAUGUGGAAUAAAUUCUUCUGACUACUGCA